AUGAAGGACUUCGUGCGAGCCACCACUGGCGUUGAAGUAGUGACAGAGCUUGCCGAUCAAGUCAAGGGCAAGACAUUUGUCAUUACUGGUGGAAGCGACAAAGGUCUCGGUGCAGAGACUGCCAUCGCUCUGGCUCAAGCGAACCCCGCACAUUUGGUUCUCACGGCUCGCGCCCAAACUCGAGUCGAUCCCGUCAUCGCUCGAAUCAAAGAUCUCAACCCCUCCAUCAAAGCCACCUUUACACCCAUUGAGCUGGAUGACUUCGACUCUGUUCGCUGCGCCGCUGACACUAUUAACAACUCAGUAGAUAAGAUCGAUUGCUUGAUCAACAAUGCUGGGAUCAUGGCUGUCGACGAGUACAAAACAAACAAGACCGGUAUCGAACUGCAAUUCGCGACAAACCACCUGGGCCACUUCCUACUUACCAAAAUCUUGAUGCCCAAGAUUCUUGCUGCUGGUCCUGGUGCACGCAUUGUCAAUCUGACUAGUCUUUGCUACAAGAUUGGUCCCGUCUGUUUUGACAACUACAACUUUACUGACGGCAAGGAGUAUGACCCCUGGUCGGGGUAUGGUCAAGCAAAGACAUCGAGUAUCUUGUUCUCCUGUGCUCUUGCCGACAAGCUCCGGUCUCGCGAGAUUCAAAGCUACGCCGUUCAUCCUGGCGCUAUUUUGACCACAAACUUGGGCAGGUACAUUACAGAGGUCGAAAAAUCGCUGGCAAGCAUCGACCCUAUAGCCGUCAAGAAUACCGGACGCCAUUUCAUCAUGGCAGAGGAUGUUCCCAAACCCAUCGGGCAGGUAUCACUACCACGCUCAUAG